AUGGAAGCCAGUUUGCACCAAUACUUCUUGGACUUCCGAGCGUGGCCAGAAUCUCGCUCUACAGUUCCUAGCUCAACUGCUUAUGGCAUAAAAGAAGCUUUGAAACUGAUUUAUGGCGAUCGAAUUCAUAUAAUAGGCCCUGAUAUUUCAAAUGGAAAAUCUCCCGCCUUUGAAGAUGAAACAUCAGGUGUCUUAUUUUACAUCUUAGCUAUAAAUCGGUCACUUAUGAGUGAUAGAUUUGCUCUUUUAAAGCCACUUGUUGCAUUUUGGGAAUCAAAAAUCCUCAGCCAAGCUUCAGAAUCAAAUUCAUUAUGGCAGAUGAUGGUGAUUCUUCCCAAAAAUCACACACUUAUUGAUGGGAAAGCUCUCCAAAGAGCUUCAGAAACUGUCUUUUUAAUAGACUCGUUCGGGCUAGGUUUGCAACUACCGAAACUUAUGAAAUAUUUGAUACAAACACAAAUCGUGAUUAGAGAGAAAGGCCCUACCUUGAAAUGUGGAGGUUUCUUUCCUAAUGUAAAUAUUGAAGAAAAAAGUCUUAAGCUUCAUGAGCAUCCUCAUGAAAGUGGAGUGUGGUCUGUUUUCAAUGCAAUUAUGCUGAUUUCAAGCGGAAGCACUGAGUUUUUAGAGCCCUUUAGUAAAUUUGACUCAUGCUUUAGUUUAAAGCUGAGUGCUAUUCUAGAUGAGCAUAAUAUCGAAUUAGGCAAGAGUCCAAAUGAUCUUCCUCAGCUGUAUUAUAGCUCAAGUGAUCUUGAGUUUGUGAAUGAGGGAAUUAGGAAUGCAUUGAUUGAUGAAAUCUCACACUGGGGAGUGCUUGAAAAAGAAAUGGUAUACAUCCAAAGAUAUUUAAGUAUCAAUAAACUUUGCACUCUUUGAGAGUAUAAGCAAUCAGGCUCAUGAGUAGAGGGCAGGAAAAUGACAGUGCCUUUUUGAUAGUGUGAAUUCACCAAAGUUUUUGGUCGAGAAUUUUUAAUUAGCGGAUCUAUUUGGCCAAAAUUUAAUGGUUUUUUCGGUCAAAUGUCUCACUAUCAAAAAUGAUUUUAACAAAAUUUCCCCUAGGAGAUGUAGCACUAUCAAACUUCCACAAUCAUUUGGUAUGGAGCCUGAGGAGAGGCGCAAAAUUUCAUGAGAAGAAUAAAAGCUCCUCUGGAAGAAUUACAUAAAACAUUUCAAUCUGAUGAUAUAUUUACCACACCAGAUCGCCUACCACAAAUUAAAAGUUUAACACCUCCAACACAUCAAACAAUCAUGAGGGGUAAAUCUGAUUGCAUUUGGUUUACUGAUGCCGAAAAUUUUAAAAUGGCAGUUAGGAAUAAAGAUGGUUAUAUUGAUAAAUCAUUACUCAUCAAAGCAAUUUUAAAUAAAGGUGCCAUUAAAAUACUCAUCUUACGUCCGCAACAAUGGGGUAAAACUCUAAAUAUGAGCAUGUUAAAAACCUUUUUCCACCCAAAAAAGGAUGCUUUUGGGAAUUUUAAAAAUUUGUACUUGUUCACUGGUGGAAAAGAUAACAUUGAUGUUAACAACUUGGACAAAACAAAAUGCUUAAAAAUAAUAACUGAAAAUAAUGGUUAUUAUUACAAAAACUUUGCUGGGAAAAUUCCAACGAUUUUUCUAACUCCCCUAUGAGUGAACAAAAAAUCGGAAAAAAUUUUUGCCAAAAGCCCACCCUUGCUGAGCAAACCAAAAUUUUUUUAAAAAAAUAUUUUGAUAUAUAAUUAAUAUAAUAAUUGCCCGAGGAUGGCGCUAUCUUUGCGCCAUCCUCGGGCAAUUCCUAUAAUUAAUAUAUAGCGAAAUCUCUAGUUAAUUCUGUUUAAUUUUAAUAUUUUCUUUUCAAUUUUUUGUGAUUGGGAUUUUUUGUUAAAUUUCGAGUAAAUAGUUUAAAAAAAAAUAAUUAACUCCUUCCCGUGAGCGAACAAAAUUUUUUGUUCACUCACGGUGGGGGAGUAAAAUUUUCCCUAAUAGAAACAUUGGGCAAUGAGCCUGUGAAGGAAUUUUACCGCAGUGAAUUUUCAAAAAUAAUCAAAUUAGCAUACUCGAAAUAUUACCCAGAGUAUUGCACAUCCUUGGACCAAGCUAUCAAAAAUUAUGUUUCAAAGCAUCCAGAUAUUGUAAUAGAUUAUAAUAAUAAAUGCAUACCAGAGCUUGAAAAUAUUAUUGACACAUAUAAAAUAACUUUAUUACCGCACGUUCAAUUGUUUAGAGAUUUCAAAGAUGAUAAUUCAUUAGAAAUGCUUUCAAAAGCUGUUCCUAAUCUUGCUAGAUUUGCUCAUAAAUUUUACGAGCAGAAUGUAAUUGUUAUUGUGGAUGAUUACGAUACCCCUUUUAGUCGUGCACUAAAUGCUCCUUACCAAAAUGAAGCAUUAGCAAUUAUAGAAAAAAUUCUGAACUCAAUAUGAAAAAAUAUUCCUAGUUGUGUUUUGAAAGUAAUUAUGGUAGGUGUUUUACCUAUUAAAGGGAUAAAAUUUUCAGAAAUAAACACCUUUAAUACACAUACAGUUAAAAAUGUGGAAUACUCCCAAUUUUUUGGCUUCACAGAAUCAGAGGUAAGUACUCUUAUUGAGCAAAAUUUGGAGAGUAACACAGCUGAGGAAAUGUUAGAGCAAAAAGAAUUAAUUAAGCUGUGAUAUAAUGGAUACAAUAUUAAUGGACAAAAAAUUUACAAUCCAUUCUCAAUAAUAAGCUGUAUAGCACAAGCAAUGUCUCAUGAAAGCAAUCCUCUCCAGCCUUAUUGAAUCUUUAAUAAUAACCUUAGUCAACUGGUCUCAGCAUUUAAUGCCCUGCGAUCUUAUGAUAAAUUGUUUGAAAUAAUGAAAACUGGCUAUCUUGAAUUAUUAGAAGAAAUUGAUAACUAUAUAAAUUUGUCAUUAGAUUUAAAAAGUCCAAAAAUUUUUUUCGCACUAUUGCUGCAUGCUGGCUAUUUAACACCAUAUAGCACAACUGAAAAGGAAAAAAAAAACCUUGUGAAAAAAUGAAUAUAUGUCGUUCCUAAUAGAGAAAUAAAAAAGAGUUUUUACAACUCACUGCUUUUAGAGUGAAUUGACAGAAAAAUAGGCUCAGGAAAAGUUGAUAUAGUUGAGAUAAUUGAAAAGUUUAACACCACCUUAGAUGAUAAAACUGAAUUCAAAAAUUUUAUCCAAACAAUGAUUCUUGAUAAGAUGACUGAUUGCACUAGUAAAACAGAGGCCGACUUUCAAAUCUUAUUAGGAGGAAUGGCGAUGUUGGCUUCAAUUAUGACAGAAGAUGCAAAUUAUGCAUUACAUUCCGAAGCACCAAAUAGAUUUAGAAAGAAGGCUGAUGGGAUUUUCAUCCCUACUAAAUAUAAAAAGGCUAGUGUUAUUAUUCAUGAAUACAAGAAACUUGAUACUGCUGAUGCAAUUGAUGUUAGAGAAAAAGCGGAAGAUGCCCUUUGGCAGAUCUAUGCAAAGCAGUAUAUGAAAAUUGCGUUAGAUUUGUGUGAUAGUGAUCAGCAUUAUAAUUAUUUUGACAAAAUGAUAAUCCGUGGUAUUGUUUUCUACAAAGCUAAAUUUGGUUAUCAAUGAAAUAUGGUGAUUAAAGAGCACUCUUUCGACUUCAAUUUUGCUUCCAUUGUAAAUACAAAAUUUAGUUCAGCUACCGGGGGAAUAUUAGCUGUAUCAGCCAAAUUGUGUGGAGAAAGUGGGUCUCAAAAUGAAAAAAUUGAAGAAAGAAGAUCUCUCGGUGCAGAAAAAAUUGGUGAUCUGAUCAAAAAUAUUGGUGGCGAUCAUUAUGGUUACAUUGAAGGAGAUGAAGGCUUAGAGAUGAAACGCAAACUUGACUAUGAUGAAAUUGAAUUAGGCAAAAGGCCAAAACUAUAG